AUGUUAGAUAAUUUGUUACGUUUAAGUUCAGUGAUUGGUCGAUUUGCUCAGAAAGGGCAGGUGCGAAUAUUAAGUAAAUUAUCCGUGGAAAACAGUGCUAAAAGUUGCCGGGGAAAAAUGAGUUUGCCAAAGCCCAACAUUGUGUUUGUUUUGGGUGCUCCCGGAUCCGGAAAAGGCACCCAAUGUGAGAAAAUUGUAAAAAAUUUCGGCUACGUGCACCUCUCGGCGGGAGACUUGCUGCGUGAGGAGCGCAGCCGGGAGGGUUCUGAGUACGGGGAACUCAUUGAGAACUACAUCCGGAAUGGAAAGAUUGUGCCUGUGGAUGUGACCUGUGCCCUCCUCGAAAAUGCCAUGACCCAGAACAUGAAGGUGAGCGGGAAGGAUAGUUUUCUCAUUGAUGGCUUCCCACGGAAUCAGGACAAUCUGGAUGGGUGGCAACGGAGGAUGUCUGAGAAGGUGAAUUUGAAAUUUGUCAUUGUAUUCAAUUGCCCGGAGGAAGCUUGCGUUGAGCGCUGCAUAAAUCGUGGCAAGAGCGGGAGCAAUCGCUCAGACGACAACAUUGAGAGCCUCAAGAAGAGAUUCGACACCUUCAUCAAUGACUCUCUACCCAUCAUUAAUCACUACAAGGAGCAAAAUCUGGUCCGUGAAGUGGAUGCUACCAAGAAUCCUGAUGAAGUAUUUGAGGAUGUUAAAGUUCUUUUUGCUGACAAGUAGAACAAAAAUGUUGAGAGAGAGAGAGAGAGCUGAGCAUUGAGGGAUUUCUUUAUUGAUUUUUCUCUAUUUUCCAACAUUAAUUUUUUAAGUUUUUUUUUUUUAAGAGAAAAGUUAUUCUAAUAAGUUUUGUGUGAGAACAUUUUGACCUUGCGCUUGAAGAAGAAUUCUAAAUUGGCUUUAUUAAAAAAUUUUCUCUCCUAAUUUAAAGCCAAAUUAAAUGAGAGAAUUGUUUUUCUUUAAUUUGGUAUUGCAUUUAUUUACCAAAAAUAUUAAAUUAUUCUCUUUUUUUAAGCAAGUCUUUUGAUAUUUCUAAAAGAAUGUUCUUAAAAGAAUUUUUUACUUAAGAAAAUUUGAAGAAAAAUCAAUAAAUCCCUCAAUGUGAAAACCAAAAAAAAUUAAAUCUUUAUAGAGGAGGUAAAGGUUAAAAGUGCAUGGGUACUUUAAAGAUAUCAACUUAAUGUUAAUAAAUGUAUUGUCAUUCCGAAAAGAAUAUAAAA